AUGUCAGACGCCAAGAGCGAAACUUUACAAAAGAGCGGGCUCGUGGACUGGCCCGUGUUCUCGGAACUAGUCGCCAUGGACGAGGACGAGGAGGGCUUCUCCAAAGGCUUGUUCCAGACGUUCGUGGACCAGUUCGAAGACACGUUCAAGGAGAUUGACGAGAAUGUCCAGCAGGAAAACCUAGACAAGUUGCUGUCCUUGGGCCACUACUUGAAGGGCUCGGCCGCCGCGUUGGGCUUGACGUCCAUCGCCGAGCAAUGCGAGCGGAUCCAGAACUAUGGCCAUAGACACAACUUCGACAAUGUCAAGUUGCCACCCAGCCAGGCCGGGUCUGCGGCUGGCGACGACGAGACCAGCGAGGCGUUCUGGAUACGGCUAAUCGAGGACGCCAUGCACGAGGCCCAGGACGGCUUUCUCAAGUCCAAGAAGGCCCUCGACGAAUACUUUGACGAUGACUUGUGA